UCCCUAGGUGCCGACGGUGCUCCGCCCCGCCGUCCUCCCGCCCGCUCCUCGCGGUCCAUGGCGCGCCGGGCGCCCGGGUGGCGGCUGCGGCCGCUGGCGGCGCUCGCCCUGGUGGUGGCUCUGACCCAGGUACCCACAGCCUGCUCUGGGCAGACGCCGCGCCCCGCACAGCGCGGGCCCCCGGUGCGGCUCUUCACGGAGGAGGAGCUGGCCCGCUACGGCGGCGAGGAGGAGGAUCAGCCCAUCUACUUGGCAGUGAAGGGAGUGGUGUUUGAUGUCAGCUCUGGAAAGGAGUUUUAUGGGCGAGGAGCCCCCUAUAAUGCCUUGACCGGGAAGGACUCCACCAGAGGUGUGGCCAAGAUGUCUCUGGAUCCUGCAGACCUCACUCAUGACACUACGGGCCUCACAGCCAAGGAGCUGGAGACCCUGGAUGACGUCUUCAGCAAGGUGUACAAAGCCAAAUACCCCAUUGUCGGCUACACGGCCCGCAGGAUCCUUAAUGAGGACGGCAGCCCCAACCUGGACUUCAAGCCUGAAGACCAGCCCCAUUUUGACAUAAAGGACGAGUUCUGAUGUCUAGCUGCAAAGGGCUGGUUCUAGGGUGAGGUGGGCGGACAGGGGUUAAAUGUCCCAUGGAAGAAGCUGAGGAAGCCUCCAGGUCCCUUGCAUUUGAAUAAAGCUGAUGUUGAACUGGGAGACUGCUUCGGAAUGUCUUUGGUCCGGGCUCUGCCUGUCUGGGUGUCCCUGCCUGCACAGCAGCUAGGGUGGUACCCCUAGCUGCAAUUACACCCUAGCUGCAAUUACAGGUCCAUCACUACCGGGGCAGUGGGGCUGUGAGGGACCUUCACCGCUUCUCCACUCACUUCUGCGCUCGCGAGUUCCCUACCACAACCACGUUACUGUGUAGUAAGGAUAAGAAUAAAUACCCCAUUGCUACAACAGA